AAUAAAAUUCUCUUCUCUGUCUCCAUUUAUUAACACUUGAAACAUUGUCUGUCUCUCUCUAUCAUCUCUCUCUCCCAAUUCCCCAAAAUUUUUCCGUUUGCUUGAAUUUCUCUGUGAUUACCCAUUUCGUUGUUUCAACUAAGUCUGUCACAGUGAAACAAUAUAAUGCUCUUGCGGUGGGUGCGUGCUUCUUCCCUUUCACUCCACUCAAAUGCUUAGCUGACCAAACUCGUUGUUUCAACGUGUCUUUAAGUGAGAGAAAUGACGUUGUGUGAUCCAUGUAGCUGGUCUCAUCUAGUGGGAUGAGGCUUUGUUGUUGUGUGUUGAAGGUGUACUACAUUCUGCUUUGAAAAUGGGAGUUGAAAAAGAAGGGACGAAAGGUGGAGGAGGUUAUGUUGGUGGUUUUUUCCAGUUGUUUGACUGGACGUCGAAGUCCCGUAAGAAAUUAUUUUCGGCCAAGCCAGAUUUGCCUGAGACUUUAAAACAGGGAAGAAGAGUCGAUUACAAUGUGGCAAUGCCAAUGACACAGUCCUCCUAUCUGGUUGAUGAAGAUGAAAGUGGUGUUGGGGCAAGUCUAAGAGGAAGUUGUGAUCAUAGUUAUGCUUCAUCUGUUACAGAUGAUGAAACAUUUGGUACAAGGGCUCCUAGUGUUGUUGCCAGGCUUAUGGGAUUAGAUUCCUUGCCUUCUUCAAGUUUUGCUGAUCCUUAUGCUACCCCAUAUUUUGAUACCCGGUCCCUUCAAGAUGCUCAGUACUUCAAGAAAAAUUUUGGUCACCAGCAUGACCAUCAGACCCCAUGUUCUGGAAAGCUGGUUGAAAAGGUUGCGGGCUCAUCUAGGAGCUUCAUUGAGCCAAAGCCGCAAAAGGCCAUUACCAGGCCAAUUGAAAAGUUCCAAACAGAAGUGUUGCCUCCAAAAUCAGCUAAAUCAAUUCCUGUUACACACCAUAAACUUUUGUCCCCCAUCAAGAGUCCCAGCUUUGUUCCCACCAAUAAUGCUGCAUAUAUAAUGGAGGCUGCGGCAAGAAUUAUUGAGCCUGGUUCCCAAGCUAGUACCAGGGCUAAGACACCUUCGGUAGCUUCAUCAGCACCACUGAGAGUGAGAGAACUAAAAGAUAAGGUGGAGGCUUCACAAAAGGGACCUCUAAUUGGGCCAUCCUCCAUGACCUCUAGAACUCGAGAUCUAAAAGAGAAAAGGGAACUUCCUCAAAGAACGGCCAGGCUUUCCGUAUCUUGUCAAAGAUCGGUCGAGUCAAAUGCUGCCAAGUAUCUCAAAGGACAAUCUUUGAACAGAAGCUGGAAUGGAUCUGUGGAUAUGUCCAUCAAAUCUCCUACACACGAGGAAGAAGUUUCUUCUUUGAAGAAUAAUAAGGGGAAGUCCAUUUCGCUUGCAAUCCAAGCAAAAGUGAAUGUUCAAAGAAGGGAAGGUUUGAGUGCGACUGGUGGAAGAAGUAUGACGACCCAGAAAGAGAAUCCUGACUUGAAAUCCAACCAACCAAUGAAAGGAAGCGUGCAGAAAAAUUUUCACAAGAAAUCUUCUACUCAGAAUUCAUCUGGUGCUCUCAGACAGAAUAAUCUGAAACAGAAUUAUUCUACUGACAAAGACAAAUUACCAUCAAAGCCAUUGACGACCAAUUCCCACAGUAGAAAAGUUCUGACUGGGGAUUCCCCUUACGGACGUCAUAGAAGCUCCAGUAAUAAAUCCAUUGCAAAAUCUAAAGUUGGAUCCAGAAAGUCAGCUAUGGAGGUGACUGAUAGUGAAAAGGAAGUUUUAUACACCAGCACAAACAAUUUUCCUAGAAAGAAAAGGUCUACAGACAAGGACUGGAAUGAUAGGGUUGUGGACAAUUUGUUCAUUGAAAAAACUCAAAACACUGCUAAGUCUAACCUAGUGAGUAAUAAACAAAAUAGUUGGGCUGAAGAUGUAAAAAAGAAAGACAUGGAUGUAGUUUCAUUCACAUUCACCACACCAUUAACUAGGAGCAAUCCAGGUUUUGAGACAUCUGGACAAGCUGCCCAAAAUACUAAUGGUCUUUCCCUGGAUCAACGCAUUAAAAGGGUGUUGCUUGACCCAGACAGUACAAAGUCCCCAAUAGGAUACAAUUUGAUUGGUGGUGGUGAUGCCUUGGGUGUCCUUUUGGAACAGAAAUUGAGAGAAUUGACAUGUAUGGAAACAAUUUGUCAUGACUCUUCUAAAGUGAGGCAGCCUGCCAUUACUCCUUCUGUAUCAGAUGAUCAAGUAACCGGAUUGAAUGUAGUUAACCUCAAUCCAAGGUUCCAACAGAAAAAAGACCAAGAUGUAUUCUUUACAGGCAAGUUAAGCAACAACUAUGAUUCAGACAUCUCCUUCAGGGGUCUUCCUGAAUUAUCAUUCAAGCAGAACUCAUGGAUUGAUGAGAUGGAACCACAGUUACUCAAUUGCAGACACCCAAGUCCAAUCUCUGUUCUCGAGCCUUCUUUUUCAAUUGAAAGUUGUGAAUCUUCAUUGAGCACAGAUGUUACUAGUACAGAAGGAAGCAAGUUGUGGUCAUCUGUUCAAGCUCAAGAAGUUCAAGGCUUGAAUUUUUCGAGGAAGUUCUAUGCUUGUGAAACUGAUGCUGAGUUAUCCGAUUCUGCUUCUUCAACCUCAGCUGGGAACAUGAUGAAACACACAAGUACGGUCACAAGGUUUGGUAGUAGCUCAAGGACGUGGGAGUUGGAUUAUGUGAAAGAUAUAUUGAGUAAUGUUGAGUUGAUGUAUAUGGAUUUUUCCCUUGGCCAAGCUAGUGAGGUUAUAAACUCUCAUCUAUUCAAACAGUUGGAAGGCCGGAAGGGAGGGUUUAAGUGUGAUGAGGAGUCUAGGAUAAGAAGGAAAGUUACAUUUGAUUGUGUGAGUGAAUGUUUGGACUUGAGAUGCAGGCGUUAUGUAGGUGGAGGAUUCAAAAUGUGGACCAAGGGGCUUGAAAUGGUGAAAAGAAAAGAAUGGUUGGCAGAAGAUGUGUACAAGGAGAUCUCAUGUUGGAGAGGAAUGGGAGACUCAAUGGUGGAUGAGCUUGUGGACAAGGACAUGAGCAGCCAGUAUGGAAGAUGGCUAGAUUAUGAGGUUGAUGCCUCUGAACUCGGAUCAGAGGUUGUGGACCAAAUAUUUAAUUCUUUGGUUGAUGAUGUUGUCUCUGAAAUCUUGCAAUUGUAAACAUCUUGAUGAUUUGAUUUUGAGGCUGUUUGAAUAUGAAAUGUUGUCUUCAUAUUAAUUCAUUUAUAGAAGAAGUAGCUUGCAUUA